AUGCCACCCACCACAGCAACCACGCAGGCGCGCCUUGUCCUACCAUCCAGAACAUUUCCCUCCCAACACCCCAGAUACACGCGAUCACGACCCUUCGCAUCAACGCACAGAGCAUCGAGGCAAGAAGGACAACACCGUAAGUCCUCCUUCAGCUCGCGAGCACGAGAAGCACUGCGCGCCACGCCCAUCGUCUGGAAGCCCAUACCCAUCGGCCUCGGCAUUGCAUUUCUGGGCGCUUUCCAACUCUAUCGCAUCAACGAGCGCGAAAGACGCAAAGACGAGGCGAGAUGGCGACUGAGCAAAGAUGAAGAAGACGACGAGUUUGACACGGACGUGAUAGGACGACCCAAACCGAGACCGAGGAUACGACCUAGUGGGCCAUGGAGUGUUACGAUAAUGUCAACGCUGCCAUUGAAGGCGUUGAGUAGAUGGUGGGGAUGGUUUAAUAGCAUUGAUAUACCCAUGUUCGCAAGAGUGCCGGGCUUCAAGUUGUAUGGCUGGGCCUUUGGUGUCAACUUUGAUGAGAUCGAGGAGGAGGAUCUGAAGAAGUUCAGGAACUUGUCGGAGUUCUUCUAUCGCACAUUGAAGCCUGGAGUGAGGCCGUUGGAUCCACACCCGAAUGCGCUGUCGAGCCCGGCAGAUGGCAGGAUUGUGCAGUUCGGACUGAUUGAGCAUGGGGAGGUUGAGCAGGUCAAAGGCGUGACAUACAGCGUGGACGCAUUGCUGGGAGCAAAGCCCACUGCUGGCACACCAGGAACAAGCAACAUCCCCGGCACGGCGGGAGCGCCAAAAAUGAGCAAGGACAGGACAAGGGACGGCGAUGAAGAGAUCCUCCGUGAGGACGAAGAGUUCGCCCGCAUCAACGGUAUCUCCUACAACCUACCAAGCUUGCUCUCUGGCGCAGCAUCAGGAAAGAAGAGGAGAUCAUGGUGGAAACUACCCAAAUCCGGCAACGAGUCAGACCCCAAGAACACCGACCCCAAACUACGAGAAGGAGGCUCGGAAGCAUCCAUCAUCCCAACAUCCGACCAAUCCACAAAAUCAGCCCCCUCCUCCGAACAGGAAGUCGCCCGAGACCUCGCCUCACGAGAGAAACCCUGGUAUGCACCAGCAGAACAACAAGAAGUGCCCACAGCACUCUACUACUGCGUAGUCUACCUCGCACCCGGCGACUACCACCGCUUCCACUCUCCCGUCUCAUGGGUCGUCGAGAGCAGACGGCACUUCGCUGGUGAACUCUACUCAGUCUCUCCCUUCCUAGUCAAGAACCUGCCAGGCCUCUUCACCCUCAACGAGCGCGUCGCCCUCCUCGGCCGAUGGAAAUACGGCUUCUUCUCCUACACCCCCGUCGGCGCUACGAAUGUCGGCUCCAUCGUUAUCAACUUCGAUCGCGAAUUACGAACAAAUAGCCUUUUAACCGAUACCCUCGCGGACAAGGCCGCAGAGGAAGCGUCAGAGCGUGGGGAACCAUAUUCCGGCUACGCCGAGGCUACAUACACCUCCGCGUCAAAAGUACUCGGUGGCCAUGCAUUGAGGCGAGGCGAAGAGAUGGGUGGCUUCCAGCUUGGGAGCACGAUCGUCAUGGUGUUUGAGGCUCCUAAGGGACGGAGACCGACGUUUGAUGAGGGCUUUACGGGGACGGAGAGGAGAGGCGGGUGGAAGUGGUGUAUUGAGAAUGGGAAGAAGGUGCAGGUCGGGGAGAAGUUGGGGUUUGUGGAUCAUCCGGAGGAUGAAGGACGAUGA